AUGAAUCCCCAGCAUACUGUACCUAUGUUAAAAGAUGACGACUUUGUGGUUUGGGACAGCCAUGCGAUUUCUGUGUAUUUGUUGACAAAGUACACUGAUGAUGAUUCUCUUUAUCCAAUUGAACAUAAAAAGAGAGCCUUGAUUGAUCAAAGGCUUCAUUUCGAUACUGGAGUACUGUUUGUUGCGUUGCGUGCUGCAGUCGAUCCUGUCGCGUUUUGGGGCGAGAGCUCUAUAAGACCAGAUGCUCUUAUGAAGAUACGUACUGCAUAUGAAUUUACUGAUAAAUUUUUAACCGACAAGUGGCUGGUUGGUGACGAAAUCACAUUGGCUGACAUUUGCUGCGUCGCUACAAUCAGUUCUUUGAACGAACUCGUGCCUAUUGAUUUGAAUUUAUACCCAAAUUUAUCACAAUGGCUAGAACGAUGCGAAGACGAGGAGUUUUAUAAGAAAGGCAAUCAGCCAGGACUGCAGCAAUUUAGCGCUUUGCUUAAAUCAAAGCUGUCUUAA